AUGAUGGACAGUAAAUCCAAUGUUGGCGACUCGGCAACGAUGCCCAUGCCACCAGAGCUUUAUCAUGGCGCUCUCUUGCAACCGGCAUCUCCGCACAGAAACUCUGCCUCUACGGCUCCCUUUUCCGAGAAGAGAGGCCAGCUGCACAGUUGCCAUGGCGUCCCGCAUGAGGACCUCACCCGUGAGCCGUCGGAGAUGUUUCAAGUCGUUAUCGACGGCGACGACGGCGGCGUUGAGAUGCGGCGUGUGCAUGACCGCAUUGAGACUGCCUUGCGCGUGCGCUCACUGUACCGGCCUCUGGAGACUCGCGUGGGCGGCCGGGAGCGGGCAAACCCGUAUAUGUCAGCUCCGAUGCCGGGCCGCAUCACAAUCGUGCAGAAGGACGGCGUCUACCAGGUCUCUGACCAUGACGCGUCGCUUUUUCUCCCUAUACCAACGUGGUCGCAGUACGCGACGGACGUACAGAAGGUGCGGCUCACCGUCGGCAACGCCGGCUGCGUCAACGCCUGUCACCAUCGCCUUGGCAUUAUGCAAGAGCGCUCCCGCAUGUUCUUUUUGCUUAAUGCGGGGAUGGAAGAGCGGGCGAAUUACCACAAAGCCGGCGGCGUCUUUUCGGCCGCCAGGAAGGUAGACAACGCGGUCCUGCUCUCCGAGUCGAUGGAUGCGCAAGAGCUGCUCGAGGGGGUGAAGGAGAUGUACCGGCGCAGUCCGGAGGCAGCAGUGCACCUGCGCAACGGGUCUAACUCUACGCUGCGUGAGCUGCUCGGCGCACACGGCGUACGGUCCGCGGAUGAUCUCACCGUUGCUGGUCUCGGAUGGCAGGCAGAGAAAGACGCACCUCAUCAAGGCCAGAUCGACUUGGCAGAUUGCGAGAGCAUGGCUGCCCUCGGCGCCGAGCUGCGUUUCUCCUUCACCGAGUUGCAGGGGUACCUGUGCGAGAAGGUGCUGCGGCGCGUGGUGUCCAGGGCAGAGCGGCCGUCACUUACUCCACAGGCGGCUGAGUACAGCGUGCCGCUCUACGGUCUGCAAUCUUCCGAGCUGAGCUAUCUGGCGGAGCUGAUGCAACGUAGGCUCGAGGGCCCGCAUCCGCGAGUGCAGUACAUCCUGAGCAUCUGCUUCACCGAGUCGCCGCCAUUCGAGGUGGUGAGUAGCUGCACAACGCUGCAGGACCAGCUGGACAACAUCUUUCUCGCUCUCUUCAAGGCCACCUUGGCUCCGGAAGACCCGAGCAACGCCGGCGUGGCGUGGCUGCUGGGGCAAGUGGGUGGUCUGCAGAUGCUGCAUGCACAGGAUGGGCCCGGCCGCGACUUUGACGAGAUGGCUCCGCCGCCAGAUCAGGUGAAGAUUGGGGCCAAGCAGAGCGGGCUCUACUACAUGUACUACCUGUACGCCAACCUCGCCGUGCUGAACAGUCUGCGGCGGCGCAAGGGGCUCGAGCCAUUGCAGCUGCGCUGCACCGGCAACAAGCCAACCGGGAUGGACGACCUGAUCGGCGCCUACAUCCUUUCUGACGUUAUCACACGCGCGACCAAGAUUACCGACUACCCCGUUCUGCAGUACCUGUGCGGUCUGCAUCGUGUCGGCCUGACUGUGUCGCCGCUGUGCGACCACAUGGAAGGCAUUGUGGCGUACAAGGACCACCCGCUUCCCCACUUUUUGCAUCGCUGCCUGCACAUCACGCUAUCGACAGAGUCGCCGCUGCGCUACCAUCACAACCCCCGCGCGCUCAUCGAAGAGUACGCCACGGCGCAGAAGAUGUUUCGACUGAGCUCCCUCGACAUGACAGAGCUCGCGCACAACAGUGUUCUCAUGUCCUCCUUCUCUCCUGAAGUGAAGCGGCAGUGGCUUGGGGACAAAUACCAGCUGGGCGUCGAGGGCAACGAGUUUGAGCUGAGCCAUGUCACCAACGCACGGCUUGCGUUCCGCGACGAAGCCUGGCAGCUGGAACGCAACAUGAUGCGUGACCUAAACUUGAAUCCUUCUCACGAGGUCGGCGCCGGGCUCAGUCGCUGGCACCACCUGAGCAACGUGCAGGAGGUGGAGUACGAUACCGUGAUGGACAGCCGCGUCCGCUUCCCGCGCACGGUGCUCAAAGGACCACACAAGGACGCGAAGGCGGUGACGGCGGCACCGCGCGUCGCGCGCGCCCUCGACCUGCGCCACCAGUACAUCUGGUGCCCACCCCCUCCGUGGGAGACGGCGCAGCGACACGGCGUCGAGACAGACUUCCAGCGCCGAACGGCGACCUUCAACGAGGAUGAGUGGACCUACGCGGCGAGCGACGCGGUCUUCAUUGCGUACCCCAAAAGCGCCGUGCACGCCUGGCCGCGGUCGCUGCCGACGCUCGACGACUUCCACAAGCACCUGCGCGAACUGAGGGACAUCUGCGCCAGCGCCGAGGUGAAGGAGUACGCGCACAAGCGACUCGAGAACCUCGAUCACAAGUUCCGCCUGCACCUGGCUCUCAACCACGAAAACGAAGCCGGCACCACGGAGGAUCGACAGUCCUCGAACCGUGACUUCUAUCAGGCCACCAAGGUUGACACGCACAUCCACAUGGCAGCCGGCAUGACGCCGAAGCAGAUUUUGAAGUUUGUGCUUGCCAAGCUGAAGGAAAGCGGCGACGACAUUGCCAUGAAGAAGGGAGACGACAUCUUCACCCUGGGCCAGCUCUUCGCCAAGGCCGGCAUCACGCCGAACUUGACGGUGGAUCAGCUGAACGUGCAGGCCGACCAUACGCUGUUCGAGCGCUUUGACAACUUCAACAGCAAGUACAACCCGAUGGAAAACGGCGACCUGCGCUCGCUUCUGCUGAAGACGGACAACUUCAUGAACGGCCGCUACUUUGCAGAGCUGAUCCACGACGUAUUUGAGCAGUACUCGCGCGACCGCUACACCUACGCCGAGAACCGCCUCUCUGUCUACGGCAUCAACGUCAAGGAGUGGGACAAGCUGGCGCAUUGGUUUGCCACGCACGGUAUGGCGAACAAGCACAACAAGUGGAUUAUUCAGGUGCCGCGCGUGUACAAGGUGUUCCGCGCGCAGAACGUCAUUGGCAGCUUUGGUCAGUAUCUGCAGAAUAUCUUUCAGCCCUUGUGGGAGGCCUCGCUGCACCCGAGCGAGCAUCCGACGCUGCACAACUUUCUCAAUCACGUGAGCGGCUUCGACUCCGUGGACAACGAGGCCACCAUCGAUCUCCCCUUCACGACGGUCUCGCCGUGGGCUUGGACGGUCGUCGAGAACCCGCCGUACAACUACUACCUCUACUACCUGUACGCCAACAUCCGCACACUCAACGAGUUCCGCGCCUCUCGCGGCUUCUCUACGUUUGGGCUGCGGCCGCACUGCGGCGAGUCAGGCUCUGAGGUGCACCUUUACGGCGCCUUUCUGUGCGCGAACAGCAUCUGCCACGGCAUCAACCUGCGCAACGAUCCACCGAUGCAGUAUCUCUACUACCUCGCCCAGAUUGGUUUGCACGUGUCGCCGCUGAGUAACAACGCUCUUUUCUUGCACUUUUUGAGCAAUCCGUUUCCCGACUUCUUCCACCGCGGACUGAAUGUGUCGUUGAGCACAGACGAUCCGAUGAUGUUCCACCAAACACAGGAGCCGCUGAUCGAGGAGUACAGCAUUGCUGCGCGCGUGUGGGGGCUCAGCGCGAACGACCUGUGUGAGAUUGCUCGCAACUCCGUGCUGCAGUGCGGCUUCGACAACAACUUCAAAUGCAACGCAAUCGGUGACCGCUGGUUCCUCUCGUCUUCGUUGGGCAACGACUCGCUGCGUACGCACCUCUCCGACAUUCGUGUCGCGUUUAGGUUUGAGACCUACCACACCGAGCUGCAGCAGCUAGAGCUGUGCUGCGGACGGCCGGUAUCGCGCUUCAUGAUGACCGCCGCCGAGGAGCGCGCCGUUGACGUCCAGAUCGUCGAUGUGCAGCGUGAAUACGUUCUCCUCUCCACGCACGAUCAGGCGAUGGAGGUGAUGCUGCGCGAGAUGGAGGACACGAAAACGAAGAUCGUGCAGACACGGGCUCAGGUGGACAUCUUACGACGGCAGCAGCGCUCUCUGCUGGAGAAAAUCACGGAGAUGGGUAUCCGCCGCCAGGAGGCCGAGGAGCAGUCUGCGCAGGAGGAGAAGGAGCUGCCGUCUCGCAAGGGCCCUCUCUACGUGCGUGAAAAGUCGCAGGGCUCGCAGGUCGGCGGCGGCGAUGGUGAUCGUUCUGGUGUCUUACAGAGCCCCACGUGUCCUACACAGCAGGGUGAAACACUGAAGCGCCUUUUGCGCUGGAAGCCGAUGCCACCAGACCUGAUGCGCUCCGUCACACAGGCGAGUUUCAGCAGUUCUCGUGGGCGUCCACUUCCGCCGCUGCCAGUGCGGCAGCUGUCCCAAAGCACGACAAGCGUCAAGGGCCCUGCCGGAUAUUGA